AGAUUUGCGUUAAAUGUGGUGUGCAAUCAUGCCCUAACCGUAUUUUGAAAUACCCGUGUUCUGAGAAAUUUCCCCCUUUCUUCUUCCCUUCUCUAUUACUUGACACUACAUCCUACGGAAGCCUUGUUCGGGAAGAGCGACAACACAGCGCCAACCAUGGUGAUGUCACCUAGUUCUGUCACCUCGGGGACUUCUAGGGCCUCCAGGGUCUCCAAGAAUUCGGAGGCAAGCUCGGUCCAUGGCUGCCAUCGCACUCCAAAUUCGUUGGUUUGGAAAGGAGUGAUGGCAAGGCAUUUGAAAUCAAGCACCAGAUUCUCCUGGGAUACGUCCCAGACAGCACGGUUCAAAGAUUUCCUCAUGACUGUCGGGGCCGGCUUUAAGAAUGUUGACACAAGCAGCUUGCUGUGCCAGCUAAAUCUAGACGGAUACGAAGAGAUCAGCAACGAGGACGGAGAAAGCGUCCAUUUCAUCAUAGAGCAAAAGGUUCAGCGCAAGUUGGGAAGCGUAGCUAACCAGAUUGGUUAUGAAACCCUGGAAGAAGCUAGUCUUCGACGCCUGCGGGCUACCCAGAGACCAACAAGGGGAGACGACAACAGUACCCUUAGUUAUUCGGAGCCGGCAGUCCAGCAGAAGACCCGCGAGAAAGAUUUAAGUGUCGCGCCUAAGCCUACGGACACAGGGCACCUAACCUCCCAAGAAACUGCACGUUUGUUCCCCGAUGUAAACUUCGAGUUCGAUUUCAGUCCGCACCAACGGCGUGGCGGCCGGCGAGUUCCGGCGGUGGCUCCUACGAAAGGUUCCGCGCUGAGCUCGAGCGCAACUACCAAAGGGGGCGAAUCGGUGGGCCCUGUUCCGGGAGAUGAGAAGAAGUUCACGCCGCCGAGUCACCCACGUCUGAAGAUGCCCCAGAAGGAGACGACAAAACUCGCCGAGCCGAGUUCUAGCACUACAAGUAAACGGUCGGAAUCACUACCCACUGUUCCGGGACCACCCCAGCCUCCGCGGGAUAUAAGCCCCGAGAAACCCGUGCCAGUGGUCCAGCUCACGAGCCCAGCGACGCGGUUGGCCGCGUCGUACGCCUCGCCGGCGGCGGCGGCGGAGUACAAAGAGGCUCGCCAGGCGGUGCGGCGCUUCGCGCAGCCAGUUUCUGCCCUCGAGGCCGAGCUUCAAAGCGUUGAAGCCUGCUUCCGAAGUUUGUCAUUAAGCCCGGCGGAUUGGGAGACUAUAGCCGAUGUCGUGGACGAGCUCCACACGACAAUUUGCAACAUCAGGAAUCAGUCUGAGUUCCUCCAGGAGCUGACUAUAGGCCUCACCAGCUCGGAAACGCAUAUAGAUCGCUAAGGUCAGUACUCGCCGUUCCUCGUCGCUAGAAAUAUG